UCCUCCCUUCAUGCUGUCAAGAGCCAGCUAGGAGGAUUCGUCUUUACUCUGGUGAGAAGUGUGUUCAACAGUAGAAAACGGGCUUCGGAUAAACUUUGCAGUUUUUAAGGAUUUAAAAAAGAAAGCUUUGAAAGGUGGUUGCAUGCUGUGUACACAGACACGACGCGAUUGGAAUGAGAAAACGCGCAAAAAAAGUUUGUAACGAAACGAAAGAAUAAGGAUGCACUGGCUAUUGUUCCCAAUUUUAAACCUCCUUGUUUGCUUUAACAACUGUAUAUCAGCCUUUACAUUGGAAACCAGAUCCCAGACACAUGAUGAGUCCUACUAUGAGUAUGUUCCUGAUCGCCUGCAAUGGAACAGAGCAGGGGAAGUGUGUAAACAGCGCUCUGGGACCUUAGCCACUGUCUCCAACAAAAUAGAGGACCAAGAGCUAACCAACUUUUUAAAGUCUUUGUACAUCACUCAGCCUGUAUGGAUUGCCAGGAAAGUCAAGACACAUCUGACAAGUCCCUCAGAGACCCAGAUUCUAGAAUUCAAUGGGCGCUCGGAAACCAAGCAUGCCCGUCUCCUUCACAAGUUCCCCUCCAUGGAUUCAGUGACUGUUUGCACUCGUCUCAGAUUUGAUCUAAACUGCUUUGGAAUAUCCACCAUCUUCUCUUACUCAAUUCAGUCCUUCAUUAAUGAGUUCCAACUCCGAGCAAACCUGAUUCAGGGCGAGCCCAUUCAGCUGGCUCUGCUGGUCCAUGGUGUCCAUGGACGUUAUCAAACAGCCUUUGACCAUGACGACUCCUGGCACUCAGUGUGCGUUACUUGGAGUCAGAAUGGACGCUGGGCUCUAUUUAAACAUGGCCUUGUUGUUGCCAGGGGUGAUGGCCUUAACAGUUCUGACAGCAUUGGCCAGGAUGGACAUUUCAUUAUCGGUCAGGAGCAGGACACCUAUGGGGGCUCAUUUAAGAAGGAUGAGUCAUUCUCAGGGAGCAUCACAGACCUACACAUAUGGGAUCGGGUACUGAACAGCAGUGAAAUCUACACCAUGGAAAAUGAGUGUUCCCCUGUUUCCUCUGGGCUGGUCUUCAAGUGGAGUGAAGCAUCAAUGGAAAUAGAGCCCUCCCUCACCAGUCUGAGGGGGGACAGCCCUUGUCAAGGAAACAUCACUAUAUUAGCAACUUCGCUUUUGGACCCCCUCCUGGAUUCUUUACAGAAUCAAACGCUUUCCUUUAAGUUAUUCCGCAGCCCUCAGUCUGAUGAGGAUUGUGGCAUCUUUGACCCUGUUACUGGGAACUUGGCCCAUGCUAACUGCGACUCAUUUAGAGGAGCUGUCUGCCAGUUCAAGAAAGAAGUCCUGGAUGUUAUCACUGUACCAAAGACACAAUUCUUCAGUAUAUUGAGCAAGAAUCCUCUGACCAAACUUGUCAUUGAGGAGCUGAGUGUAAACACUUCUCAGGAGAGAAAUCUGACAGUGCUCCAGCAGUUGAGCCAGGCUGUUCUGCAAAUGUUAGAAGCAGACGGACCAAACCUACUUACAUCCAGUGAUGUCCUCUUCCUCACCCAGAUGAUCGAGAUAGACCUGACUGCACUGGCUAGAUCUUACUCUGCAGGAGAUGACACAGCAGAGGUCAUGGUGUCCAUUGCUACAAAUUACGUAAAGGCAGCAAGUGUGAUGCUGGAGCCCCACAUGGCCAUGCAGUGGAUGGGCCUAACAGAAAAUGGGGUCAGCGUGGAGCCUUUUACUAUUGUCAAGAGCAUAGAUAAUCUUACUGAGGCUCUUGCAGACAUGCUAGCUGUUGAGGAAAGAGGCUUCACGCUUUCUACCAGGAACAUAGAUGUGUUCGUGAAGUGGCAGAAGCUGUCAGAGAACAGCCCAAGUCAUGUCUUUAAGCCGUCCACUAUCGGCUCCCGAAGCAGCAGCAGUGGUCAGGAUGAGUUACUUAUCCCUGGCACUGAGCUCCAGAGGAUUUACACACUGGGUUUUGAGGAAGUGAUGCUUAUUCAUACCCACUACAGCCGUCUGAGCGAGAUUGUAUCUGAAGUGGACCAGCCUCCACUGAGUCACCAAGAGAAAGGAAAACGAGUUCUACCAGGUCACCUGACUUCUGCUGUCAUAUCAGCCUCCGUACGUGAUACCUUCAAGGCCCAAACCAUCCCUGUGGCUGUCCAGUACACUCUGUCAUCAUCUCAUGUGGUGGAGUAUUCUCAGCGCGUCACCCCUGUUUGUGCCUUUUGGAAUUUCAGCUUCAUGCAUAAUUAUACCAAUAGCUGGUCCAGUGAUGGUUGCAGGGUGACUUUUGUCGGCUCUGGUGUCACUUCCUGCUUCUGUAAUCACACCACCAACUUUGCAGUGCUGAUGAAUUACCUGGAGUCAAAGUGGAGUCCCGAGGAAGAGCUAAUUUUAACCAAGCUGACAUUUAUUGGCUCUGGUGCAUCUCUGUGUGCGCUUGUGGUGACCUUGAUGCUGUUCACUGUACUGGAUAUUCCAAAAUCCGACAGGACGUCCAUCCAUAAGAACCUUUUCAUGUCUCUGAUCUGUGCCCAGGUGAUUCUGCUGUGCAGCGGCUCAGCCAUUCACAACAAGGUGGCAUGUACACUUGUGGCAGCACUGCUCCAUCUCUUCUUUAUGGCAGCAUUUAGCUGGAUGUUGGUGGAGGGUCUGCUGCUCUGGAGCAAGGUGGUCGCUGUCAACCUAAAUGAGGACAGACACAUGAAGUAUUACUAUCUCAUUGGCUGGGGAUUGCCUGUGUUGAUCGUCACAAUCACGCUGGCAUCAGCCUCAGGCAAAUACUCAGCUGAUGGCCACUGUUGGCUCAGUGUCCAGAAUGGGAUAAUCUGGGGUUUUGCUGGUCCUGUCAUCUUCAUCAUCAUGGUGAAUCUCAUGGUACUGACCCGGGUGGUAGUCAUUACCAUAUCCACAGCCAAAAGAAGGUCCAUCAUGUUGGCCAUGGGCACAAGUCCUGUGGAACAAGCCUAUGAACAAAUGAGGGCUGCAGUGAAAGCAGUGUUGGUGUUGCUUCCUAUUCUUGGCCUGACAUGGCUGUGUGGCGUCUUGGUGCCUUUUUCCAUUGUGAUGGCCUACAUCUUCGUCCUACUCAACUCCUUGCAGGGCCUCUUCAUCUUCCUGAUAUAUGGGGUGUACAACACAGAGGUUCGGAGCACGGUGAACAGGAUUAAGGAGAGAAGAAAAGCGCUUAAUUUUUCAAACUGUGCCAGUUCCCGACCAUCCAGCUCAGUUACCAGCUCUAGGCCUGUCAGUUACCCACUGGGAAGCAGCCCAAGCCAGGAUGAGGAGAGCACCCCAACCGACAAUAACAGCACCAACCAAGGUUCGGGGAAGGAGGAGGAGAAGACCAGAGGUCAGCUGUCCAUGCCUUCUGCUCCGGAGGGACCAGAAAAUCCCCUGAGCCAGACAUCUGAGGGCACUCAUCUGCAUAAUAAGAAGCCUUCUCUCUCAGAGGUGGAAGCCUUGCCUCCCAGUUGCAGCCUUCAUGUUCCCAUGGAGCUGGAGUUUGCAGCUUCCUGUUUCCCUCGCAGCCCUCCACCUCGGAAAAGCUACGGCCUCGUCUACGUCGACUGACCAGGCUGCUGACGGUGAUUUUAGCUUCAUGGAAUUCCUUUUGAAAUCACAGUUGGUGAAUUGUCUCCUUCUCGUUACACCAUCUUUUUUUCUGAAUCUUACAUUUUUUGUCACCUUUGAACAUUGAAGAGACACAGGAACAUUUGGUGUCGGGAACCAAAUUACCAUAUCACUGAUCAUGGACUCAUUCUGCCUUUCACUUAUUGAUGAAGAUUAUUAAGAUGUUAAGAAGCUAAACGUCUCACAUUUUGUUAACCUACAUUUUUUUUUUGUACAUUUGUAUCUUUUUCAUGGUGUAUUCUUCAUUCAUGGUUUCUCUUGUUUACAUUUGCUUGUGAAGCCUUUACUGUGUGUUGUCCAGAAAAAUGUGCAGUAAGCCUGCAGAGUGUCACAUGAAUGAGCGGUAAGUACCAGGGCUUACCAGGGCCAUGUGUCCAGUAAAUGUAAGAUGCAUAUCAUGUAACAGUGAUGUCCACCCCCCAGCCCCACAUACAGUCACACUAUGAAAUAAAGGCCAGAAUGGCAUGAAAUACUAAGCUGAAUAAUAUUACACAGCCAUUCAUCUAACACCUUGCUCUGCUUGUAUUCAGAUCAAUUACUGUAUCAAAUGAUUGCUUAAAAUAAUGAUAAAAGAAGGAAUAUGGAUUCUAUCUAUGUACCUGUACUUUUUUAUAAAGGGAUUUAUCUUCAACACUUAAAAACAAAAAAUGGUUCCUAACAUAUUUAAUCCUGAGCAGGUCCUGAUUAAAAGACGUGUUCAAAAAACAAUGUCCUACAACAUUAAAAUGGUUCAAUACAUGGGCA